GGCAGCCGCGAUGGCAGGGCAGGAGUUGCAGCGAUGCCAGCAGCAGGCCGAUGAGGUGACAGAAAUCAUGCUCAAAAACUUCGACAAGGUCCUGGAACGCGAUGGGAAACUGUCUGAACUGGAGCAGCGCUCAGAUCAACUCCUGGACAUGAGUUCAGCCUUCAGCAAGACAACCAAGACGCUGGCCCAGAAGAAGAGCCAGGAGAACAACCGCUGUCGGAUCAUCUUGGGGCUGGUGGUGGGCGGUGGCCUUCUCCUUAUCUUGAUUGUGUUGCUGGUGGUCUUUAUCCCACAGAAAAGUGACUAGAGCCACUCCCCAUAGACCCAGAACACAGGUGCCAGAGACUGAAGCAGCCGUGCCUGGAGCAGAGACUGAACGGCCACACUGACUGGUUCUAGGUUCCAGCAAGUCUUGGUGUUUGCUACAGCUGAGCUUCUCCAGUGGGAGCUGAGGGCAGCCCCCAUUGUGUGCACCUUUGCAUCUCUCAUCAUACCACAGAAGUACCCCUGAGGGGAGCCCUCUGUACUGUCAUGCCUGCUGUGUCUGAAGCUCAGUAAAAACUGCUGUUUGGUUAAAAGCUGUUGGA